AUGGCAGGCAGGCAGGCGGAGGCUCUCACUUCCUCCAUCUCCAUCCCCUCGAGACGUAAAAUCGUCAACCACCCAUCCGGGCCAUGGACACCAACUCGCGCCCCACCCAGGAGUCGGAUCCCGUGGCCGGCGGCCAUGGACCCCAACUCGCGCCCCUCCCACGGGUCGGAUCCCGCGACUGGCGGCAGCGGCGGCGGCGCUGACCCGACCGAGCCGCCGGCGACUGGAUCUGGCCAUAUCCGUACACUCCGGCAGUCCAUCUUCCACCUUGCGCCGCUCCUCCGUGACCUGCACGCGUGCUACGACCCCAUCAUCUCCACCCGCCUCUUCUGCGCCCUCGUCUUCGUCUGCGACCGCCGCCUCGCCCACCGCAUCCUCGUCCAGGGCGACUCCACCUUCGCCGACCGGCCGCGACUCUUCGAGCCCGGGCUCCUCUUCACGUCUGGCUCCCGCAACAUCAGCGCUGCGCCCUACAGGCCUUACUGGCGCCUCGUCCGCGGCAACCUCGCUUCCGAGGCGCUGCACCCGGCCUGCGUCAGCCAGUUCGCGCCCAUGAGGCGCCGGAUGCGCGACACGCUCGUCCGCGACCUCCGCGUGCGCGUCGGUGCCGAAGACCGCGUAGAGGUGAGGACGCUGUUCCAAAACGCCAUGUUCGACCUGCUGUUGUACAUGAGCCUCGGUGCCACGCUCUCCCCGGAGGUGCUCGACGAGAUGCAGGACAUGCAGCUGUGGGUCGUCCGCACCAUCACCGGCUUCCCCAUCUCCUCCUUCUUCCCGACGCUCACCAAGAGGCUCUUCUGCAAGCGAUGGGAGGCGCACCUUGCCGUCCGCCGGAGGCAGGAUGAGAUAUUGCUCCCGCUGAUCGAAGCAAGGCGCUCUGUUUCCAUGCCCCGCGGCGCCGAUGACCCGCCAUGCUACGCCGACUCGCUUCUUGCGCUCCGUGUGGCGGACGAAGGCGACCGCCCACUCACGGACUCUGAGCUCGUCAGCCUCUGCUCCGAGUUCUUGAGCGGUGGCACGGACAGCACAGUGACCUUGCUGGAGUGGAUCAUGGCGGAGCUGGUGAACCAUCCAGACAAGCAGGCCAAGGUCUACGAGGAGGUCAGGAGCAAGCCGGAGCUCAGCGAAGGCGACCUGCAGGGGAUGUCGUACCUGAAGGUCGUCGUCCUCGAGGGGCUGCGGCUCCACCCACCGGCCCACUUCCUCCUCCCUCAUGGCAUACAGAGCGACACGGAGGUCGGCGGCUACAGGUUUCCCAAGGGCGCGGAGGUCAACUUCCUGAUCACCGAGUUCGGGCGCUUGAAGAUGCUGUUGUGCGCCGCUCUGAUUGAUGUUUUGGUGGAUGGUGGUUAGAGUCGACGAAUCUGCAGCCCACUCCAUUGGGCGGCACCGUCAAGAUGCUGCCAGCAUGUUGCCAUUGCUGAACCCAAUCCUAGAUAGAUUCGUGACUUUCACGUGGACAUAGCUGCAAGACGGCCGAGGAGAGGCUGCAUCGCCGCUCGUGGCGACGGUCGCGUGUUCUCUGGUGAUGGGGACGAUUGUCAGCUAGUUUAGUGCAACAACCUAUUAUGUAUGCAGAGGAAGAACUUAACAAUCACACAUGUAAGCUAACAUUGAUCAAUUAUUAAGGUUGAACACUUAUGCUCCCACUGCAAGGCAUAAACAUAUUUUCUAUGUGAUUAGUGUGGCUUUUUUCCUCUCCUUCCAUGGCAACGCACAGGCGCUAAGAUAAUUCCGAUGAGUUAUCCCUAUGAAGAUCUCGAGCCCGCCAUGGUAGGACAACUUUGACCAUGGAGCGGAGCCCAGCGAGCGGGGUCCGGCACGUGCGGCAAGUGAUUUUUUGUUCUUAUUGACGACUUGUUCCUGCACAUACAUCCGGAGAAAGCAGAUGUAUAUGAUGCUGACUUUGAGAGGCUGAACUGAACAACGUAAAAAAAGAGGCUGAACUGAAUUUGGUUGAUAUGAAAGGAUUAACAGCGGAUCCACGGGCCACCAUGGUGGUGGUGGUCCGUGAUAUUUCAAGAUCAAACGGUGAGGCGAGCUCAGUUUGCACAGUCCUCCCCAAUGAGCAUUUCCGAGCCUGGACAUAAGUAAAUUUCUGCUUGCAUGUAUCCUGUUAGAUACAAACAACCUUUCCAAGAUGUGCUCAGAAAAAGAUUCAGAAGCAGUGUGAUCGCCUCUUGUUCGGUAGCUCUGAACAUAAGACACACUAAUUAUUUCAAAAAUUGAUGCUUACUCACAAUGAUCAUUCUUUGUCGAGUUCCUGAAGAACACCUAUAGAAAGUCAUCCAUGGAUGCACCUGACCGCUCCACCCACCGCCUUUACUACCUGCACGCACACAUGAGUCACCACGCACUGCCUUCAGAAUGUGCUUUCAAGAAGGGAAGUUGCUGAACAAAAUGGAAGACGACGGGCACGGUGCGGUGCACCUCUGCGCCUCUUCGAGAGAGGAUAUGGUGGCGGGCGCGUAGUCCAGCUGUUGGAGCAAUGGUUCCCUAUAAGAGGGAAAUUUCCGUAUGGUUAUUUUGGUGGGUUCAAACUAUAACAUUGUAGAUUGAUCAGGUUAUGCAAACAUUAAAGUCCUAAUGAAUAAACUCUAUCUUCAAAUAGAAGCAUAUUGUUUUGCCA